AUGUCCUGGAUAUUAAAACAAGCCGAAGAUAUUCUUAAUCGAGUUGAUCAACAAACAAAUGCAGCUGUACAUCAACAUAAUAUAAAAACAACAACAAAACAAAUGACAGACGAAUCAAUAUCUGAUACUUCCUCAUUAAAUUCAUCAAAUAAAUUAACGUUAAAUUUUGAUUCAACAAAUCGGUCAACUAUUGGAAAUCGUCUUAAUAAAAAAAAUGAUGAUUCUGAUCUCAUCGAUUAUCUUAAUAGUUCAACACUCACAAAUAAUAAAACAAAUCGUACAGCACCGUUUAAUAAUGUACUCAGUGAUACAACACGUACAGCUAGUUCACCUAACAUGUUUGUUGAUGAUUCAUCAAAACCAAUUGAACAAUUAUCUUCUAAAUCAGCUUCCGGUACACCACGAUCAAUAACACCUGCUGUACAAUCUCAUGAUGAUGAUGAAGGUCUUGUUUUAGAUGUUUCAUCUAAACAUGAAACAACAGUUAAUAAUAAUAAGUCUGAAGCUGCUUCAAAUCAAUCAUCAAAUCUUAAGGAUGAAGUUGUUGCUUCACUUCAGACUGAAAUCGAAACAUUGAUGCGUGAUAAACGUCAAUAUGAAAAUGAAUUACAAACAUAUAAACGUCAACUAAUUCAAUAUCAACAUCAAAUAGCUGAAUCAGAUGCAUUAUUACGUGAUUUACGUGCACGUGAAUCUGAUUCAAUGGAAGUUGUAUCUGCAAAAGAUUCACAAAUAGCAUUAUUACGAGUUCGUUUAGCUGAAUCAGAUGAAUUAGUUAAAACAAAAACUUUCCAAUGUGAACAAUUACAAAAUCAAUGUGCACGUAUAUUACAAGAUCAUACUGAUUCAUCUGGUAUACAAUCACAAGCGUUUGAUAGUUUACAAUUACGUAUAACACAAUUAGAACAAGAAUUACAACAACGUUUAAACGAAAAUGAACGUUUAAUUGAAGAAAAAAAUUCAUUUGAAAAGCGUUCAAAUGAUGAACGACAACAACUAAUUGAACAAUUAAAAUUAACUGAAAAACGUUUACAUGAUGAACGUUCACAAAUACAUGAACAACAACAACAAACAAAACAUGCAAAAAAUUUAACACAUCAGUUAGAACAAGAUAUGAAUGAAUAUAAAGCUAAAGCACAAAGAAUUUUACAAACGAAAGAUAAAUUAAUUACUAAACUUAAAGAAAUCGUACAGCAUAGAAACAAUAUACCAAUUAGUGGUGAACAACAUGACAUUGAAACAUUAGGUACAACCGAUAUUCCUUCACUUCAUGAUGUUCAUCUUGUUGGAAAUGCACCAACAUCACCGUCAGCAUCUUCGAGUUGGGGAUCUGUUCAGUAUGAAGAAUUAAAAGCUGAAAAUGAAUUAUUUAAACAAGAAUUACAAGUACGUGAAUUAACAAUACAUACAUUACGUAGUGAACUUCAAGAAGCUGAAUUACUUGUACAACAUGCUGAUGAACAAUUACAUGAACAAACAAAUCAAUUAAAUGAACAAUUAAAAGAUGAACGUGCACAUUUAACAUUAGGUGAACAAGACUAUCGUAAAUUAAAACAAGAAUUAACCUAUAUGCAUGACGAAUUUCAUAAACAAAAACAAACACAUAUAACACAAUUAAAUGAACGUGAACGUGAAUUAGAACGACUUCGUUUACAAUUAACAGCUAAAACAAUAAGUCAUGUUAAUGAUGAUGAAUUAGAAAAACGUUUACAAACAUUAACUGAAUCUUUAAUCCAUAAACAAACAAUUAUCGAAACGUUACAAACAGAUAAAAGUUCUUUAACAAUGCAAUUGGAACGUUUAGAAAAACGUUUAGAUGAUUAUGAAAAAAUUUCUUCAUUAGCAUCAAAUAAUUCAUUACAACAAACAUCGAAACGUCUUCAAACAACAACAAUAUCAAUUGAUAUGGAUAAUAAUGGAAUAUAUGAUAAUGAUCAUGAAGAUACACUUCGUCCUCGUAUACCUUUAUUACGUGAAACACCUUAUGAUCCUGAUAUAACAAAAAAAGUUAAACGAGCUGCUAAUGAACUUGAUAAACUUGGUAUUCGUUUAGGCAUAUUUUUAAAACGUUAUCCAGCUGUUCGUCUUGGUGUUAUUUUUUAUGCUAUACUUCUUCAUUUAUGGACAUUAAUUGUACUUUUUACAUAUACACCAGAGGUUCAUGGAAAUUUGAAUCCACUUGAUGUGUCGAAAAAAUCUUAA